AUGCCCUUGCACCCUUCGUUCUCGCGAAUGUCCUCCACCACCGCCGCUCCUAACGAGGAGCACCAUCUCGAUGCAGCCUUUUCUUCCGAGGAGCUCGGUGUUGAGCCCACUGCGCCGGGAACAACAACUACAACGGCGUCUCAAGUACCACCGCUGCAGGAACCGACUCAUUUUGAGUCUCCAAUGGGCCAGCAUUCUCGACGAGUGCUCACUGAAAGACCGAGCGCUUUUGUCGCUCCUCACACUAGCAACGGUGCUGGUGGAGCCGUCCUUGUUACGACUCCUGCACCAACUCGAGCGCCUACUCAUGCCCCCUGUGCAUCCUCCGAAAUCAAAACGAUGUUUGGAUGCACUCCGCGCUUCGAUAUUGGGUGCUUGGCGGUCGCCUGUGCUACAGCUGCAGUCGCUGCCGUAGCGAUUUAUAUUCUCAUUGCCGCUAGUCGCUCCUGCUUGCCGUCUACUUAUGGCAUCGUCGGGGCUGGAAAGAGUUCUGGCGGUCAAUCAUCUCCUACUCCGCCGCCAAACGACGACCUUAUUCGCACCCGACGAUCCUAUCCUGUCGAUGAAGGGCGAGUUCGACGAUCCCUUACUCACGAGUGCAAGGAAGUUGGCAAUAUCUGCGAUUGCCAGUGUGCUUUCUCCGUCGACAACGCUCGAUGGAGCAUUUCCCUGUCUCAAUCGCCUCCCUCACCAACUGGCAAGGAUGAUGCCAACGAGGAAGGCGCCAACGCGGACGAUGCUAUCUCCAACCCCUCCACCAAAUGGGCUAGUAACAGCGACUUUACUAGCUACUCCAAGCUUCUAGAUCGCGCAGAAGCUAAUCGCCGAAUCGCAGAGGACUUUGGUAGCGACCAGGUGGACACUGGUUUCCACGAGCGUGCCUGGAGCUCCUACGAACUUGUGGCCGACCCGGAGGAGAUCACCGACGAGCUCGCUGACGCCGUAAACAACUCCGAUCCCGUCGUAACCGCAGCGCCAAAUGCUCAAGACGCACCAGUUCUCAUCGCGGGCGAAGAGGCUGCAGUUGACGCUAUGACGGGCUCCAACGACACUGUUGCUGGCCCCACUGACGCUGAUGCUGACCUCGUCGACGCUGUUGUCGAAUACAUCGACGAUAACGACCAGGCGCCAGAAGAAGGUUCCGGAGAGAACAAGACUGGCUCGGACCCCACACCUCGACAAGCUGAAAUGCAAAUUCUCCAUUUUAGCAUGUCCUGGAGCUGUGAUGAUUAUCGAGUAUCGGGAACAGAGGUAGAGGAAUCUCUGUCAGCGCAACGGCAGGAGCAACAAAGAGGACUUGUUUUCACUUCGGCCGACAAUGUAAACCAUUUCAAAUUGUUUGGCAAAACAUCGUUCCUUCCCGUCAAAUUCUCAAAAGGAAUUUUUCAUUAUCGAAAACUCAUGCUAAAUGACUGGCUCCGGCAACAAAUUAUCUUCACAAUCUCCAAUCACAAGGAAGACGACCUGGACCUUCCGUUGGAAAUGAUGGGCCUUGCAAAAAUGUGUGAUUGCGAGUUCCAAUACUGGCGUAUCGAAAGUUGGCUCUAUUUCAAUUGUUUCUACAAUUCCCCAGUGUAA